CCUUUGCACCUUGCGCCUGCUGAGUUGACAACAGCCUGACAAGCUGGCGAGCGGUCGCUCCAACCUGCUCAUUCGUGCUUUUCGUUACACUUUGCAAAAAAAAAAAAAACACACACCAUUAACUAUAACUGUAAACGAUAUAUCUAUAUAUAGAUAUAGAUAUAUUUUGACUACAAGCGAAACAGCGCAACAGGUGGACACGCGUGGAGUCUCCUCUUUCCGAAUUUCUCCCAGCUCCGCUUUAUUGACUGGACUGAAUCCUCACUGGAGGGGUAAGAGCGCCACAAUCCAAGCCGGGUGGACGUCUCUCAUUUUCGGGUUACUGUUGCCCCUCCCGGCGGAGCCCAUUUGUCAACAUUCCGGAGCUUUUAGCCCCCUUUUCGGGAAUUUUACGCGUCAGACGUCAUUGGAGUCUACUGGGGGUUGACUGCCUGUUAAAGUGCCGCAGUUGACACAGAUGGAAGGCACAUUUACCAAGGGUCUGGGAGGAUUGUCAAUCUUCAUCUUCAUCCUCACUAAAGUAUCAUGUGACCGAGACCUGCACUUUUGCGGCAACUGGCGGCACGGCAAACAUCCACUGAGCCUGAGCUUCGACAUCUUGCCGGGGUGCGGUCAGAUUGCAAUAGCGGCCGACGAGAGCUCCUUGGCCGUCCGUGGGCAGAUCACAGCGCAAUGCCGGCGUACCGGCGUGUACCAGCUUGAUCACCAGGCGCUUGGAUCUGAGGGGGAGACUCGCUUCUGCUUGCACUGGGAGCCGCUGCAGGACCAGCUGAAAUUACAGGUGGGAGUGAGGAACUUCACCCUAUGCUGGCCAAGUGGUAUGCCCGACUCCUGUUGCACGUACCUGUCAUACGGCUCCAACGCACCCGAGGACCCUUACGGCAUUUCAGAUGGGAUGAUCGAGGAUGACAUCAUCACCCGUAAAACCCUGACGGCCUACACGUUCGACGGGAGUAGUGUCAAAUGCACCACCUUCUGUCCUGAGCGGAGUUAUGAAGACGCCCAAGUUAGCAUGAGUGACCACGCUUCUGUGGCCCAUCUUUGCGCCCUCAGCUUGGAGGUGGAGCUCAAGGACGACUUCACUGGUGUUGAUAUCAUCUCGCCUAAUGUGGAUGGCGUCCCCCCACAGUCUGCUACCACCAUAUACCUUCCUCGAGCUUUGAAGCAAGCUGUAAAGAACAACAACAAAGUGGUCUACACUUUCUUCAAAAAUAACUCCAUGUUCCAGGAGGGUCUCAGGGAGGAAAGGGUUCUCGACGAUGUGGUCGAAAUUUCCAUUGAGAAUGAGGUCAUCAAGGACCUGCCUGAGCCAAUCAAGAUUGGCUUCCAUCAUGACAUCAUCCCUAAAACACAUUCAAGGACAUGUGUCUCAUGGGACAUCGGAAAAGAGCCGAUGAAGGUGAAGUGGUCGGUUGAGGGCUGCAGGACGCAGCAGAGAGGAAGCAGGCACACUGAAUGCCUCUGCAACCACUUGACUUACUUCACAGUGCUGGUGCAAAUGGAGCCUCGCCCGGUGCGCCACCUGCUGGCUCUAACUGCCAUUACGUCUCUGGGCUGCGCGGUGUCUUUUAUCAGCGGAGUCGCCCUCGUCGUCUUCCUUUGCAGGAGAAGGCGAGCUAAGGAUCCAUCGGCGCUGAUCCACCUGGGCCUGGCUGUGUCUGUCACCUUUCUUAACCUGCUCUUCUUCUUCACCGGAGUCCUGGCCAAUACAGGAGCGCAGGACUUGUGCAUCCUGAUGGGGGCGGGCCUUCAUUACGCCCUGCUCAGCGCCUUCUUCUGGAUGGGCAUCGAAGUGCUCCACUCCUUCUGGCUGGUCUACAUGGUCUUCAGACCCUCCCCGAACAUCUGGGUGUGGAACCUGCUUGGCUUCGUCCUUCCUGCCGUUCCCAUCAUUAUCCUGGCUGGUGUUGGUGACAUCUAUGGCCUGAGGGAGGUGGUGUCAACCAAGGACAAGGACAACCCCUUCAAGAUGUGCUGGAUGAAGUCUAACUCCAAGGCCUUGUUGGCUCACUACCUCACCAACACCGUGGUCCUGGCCUUCCUGGUAUCAGGGGGCUUGCUGAUGCUUUUUCUAGUCUACCGGGAGAUUCGCACCAGGGACGAUUGGCGGAAGAACCACGUGGCCUUCCUCAGCAUCUGGGGGCUCAGCUGUCUCUUCGGCACCACCUGGGGUCUGGCUUUCCUCGAUUUUGGACCUUUUUCGGACUUUGUCGUCUUCCUCUCCUGCAUCCUCAAUUCCUUCCAAGGCUUCCUGCUGAUGCUGAGGUUUUUCAUGUUGGAAUGGAUGCGCAAGCACGCAAUGAGGAGCAAAGAAUCACCCGCCAAUGUUUGUCACCUGCCCGCCUCGCCGUCCACCAUUAGUCAGGAACCUCUGGAGCCGCUUUGUCCGAGUUCUUGAUGCCUCCCCCGCUCUGCUGUAGACGAUCGUCACUCAGGUAAAAAAAGCCUCCACGCCGGCCCGGAGCCUAGAUCACUUCUAUUCGAAAACACCUAGACUGGCUCUAGAUGUAGAUUUUUUGUUUUGUUUU